UGAAACACGCGCAUUCAAAACAGCAGUCUAAAUAAUAACCUAAAAUAAACACCGGUGAACACAAACCGCAGUUGCUUUUUUAUAACAAGCUUUUUAUGUUCAUUAUUUUCUGAAUCACCAAGAUUUCACCACCAUUUUGAAAGUAUUACACAGAGAGGCAGAGAGAGCUGCCAAAAUCCAGCCCCAUUCCUAAAUCUAGUAUUUCACUUUGCAGAUUUCGCAGCGGGUAGUGUAAAUAAAAUACAUUAAAUGGCAUAACGCGUGCAUAAACUGAGACAUACAUCCUUCAUCCAGACUCUGGUAGUUCUUGGAAGAGUUAUUAGUAUGCUAGAGGCCAGACCGCCUUGCUUUUUUGGAUGCUUUCGCUUUCGCUCUUUAGUAAUGGCCAGCCUAUGAGAGAAGAAUGAUGUGUUACAACUAAAAAUGCAGCAUCGCAGGAAAUCUUGACACAGUUCUGGAGAAGUUUGGCUUAGACAACAUCAAACUGCAUUUGCGGCGGCACGGAAUCAUUCAUCUAUGCUUUAGGACCAUGGAGGAAUGGUAUGAGUGGGCCCUGAUUCAGAAUGGUCCAGCAUAAUGACUCUGACCAUGCAGUUGCGCGACAGGGGCCAUCCAAGCCACCUGAGUCCCCUAAACCCUGUGCUGUCCCACCAACACACUUUCACCCCUUUCGGGACCAGCGGGAAUGUGACCUCAUCACCCAGGCUGUGGAUUACUUGAACCACAGUGGAUUUUACUGGGGUCCCUUGGAAGUAGAUGAAGCUCACACGCGACUGGCCAAACUUCCUCUUGGGAUGUUCCUGAUCCGGGACAGCAUGCAAGCAAAUGUUUUCUUCACUCUCAGCUAUCGAGCUCCCGAGGGCCCGACUAGCGUGCGAGUUCUCCUGAAGGAUGGAGGAUUCAGUUUAGCGGGCAGUAAACAUUCAUUCCCUUGCCUUUUUGGCCUGCUGGGAUACUAUAUUGCGUCCCCAAAAAAGAGUCUGAGUAUGCCGUAUCGCGGAGAAGCACCGCAGAGUCUGCAAGAACUGGCAAGAAGAGCUGUGGUGCGGAGUUUCGGGAAAGAUAGUAUUCAACAUCUGCCCGUGAGCAAGAAACUUAAAGAAUUUCUGUGGUUGUACCCUUUUAGUAUAUGAAUGUGUGUAGUUUAUAUGAAGAUGUUACAGAUGUCGCAGCUCUUUAACAAAAUACGAUUUAUUGGAACCAUUAUCUCAAAGUACAUUUCAGAUGGUGGGGUCACAUUAGAGGAAAUUCAGCGAAAUUUCACGGGGCAAAAAAUGUCCUUUGUUUGUUAUCAAAAGUGCCGAAUCUGCUCACACAGAAGUUACUGUAAAACCAAGCAAUUUUCUUUUAGGCAACGGGGCAAAUUUGCACAAAGAACCUGAACACAAACUUUAAGUUGGUUGUCCAAAAUUUCUUUGGAAACGACUGGAUUUUGCAUGCUAAAUUUCGCUGAGGUAAUUGUGACCACUCCUAUAGGAUUCUGUGCUCUUCACUGACCCGUCUAGAACAUGUACUGUAUUUAUGUGUGUAGUGAUUGUUUGGACUAUUCUACGAUAUUAACAAUGCACUACAAAACAUUUUUAUUUAAUUUUUUUAAUGUGCAGGAAGAUCAGUGCAACACCACCACAGGCCUUCAAUUGCUUUAAAGCAGUCCCGAUGGUACUGGGCCAGUGCAGAGUUUGAAUUUGUGUAAAAUGAGUGGUUUAACAAUUUAGUUUCCUUUUCAUAGUAUUGUCUGUCUUUACAUAUAUGAAUGUAACUGACCACAAGGCACUGGUGAUGUCGCUAUCAGUAGGAAUUAUUAUUUGAAUUAUUUUUAUGUAUUGGUACAUAUAUACAUGUAGGUUAUGUAAUCUAUAGUAUGUAUUGUAUGGCAACACAUUCUGCUAUGCAGAAAUAUGCAUUUCACCUACUGAGACAAGGGUUUUAUUUGUUUAGGAUUGCUUUUUAUUAUUAAAGAUAAAUUAUUUGAUGUGAUUUAAAGUUGAUUUUAUCGUCAUCUCUCUCUGACUAUUUCUCUUUCACUUCUUUUGUUCUAACGGGUAAGUUUAUUUUAAUGUGGCCCAACCAUAAAAAGAAUCAGUAACCUCUCAUAUACUGCCUUUACAGAAACGGCCCCAUCUAGGGGAAGAUAUGAGGAUUAUAUAAAAUAUGAAAUUUUUAAGCAACACAUUUUUCUCUCUUUCCAUU